GUUAGCUGACUACAGCCCUGUAAGGGUUGGGUGAGGUGGAGGGGGCCUGACAGCGGCUCGGCGCAGGCGCAGUGGGCACGGGUCUUGCCGAGCGCAGGCGCUGUAAGUGCGAGGGGGGCGGCAGCCAUGGACGACGAGGAGGAGACAUACCGGCUCUGGAAGAUCCGUAAGACCAUCAUGCAGCUUUGCCACGACCGUGGCUACCUGGUGACCCAGGACGAGCUGGACCAGACGCUGGAGGAGUUCAAGGCCCAGUUUGGGGACAAGCCCAGUGAAGGGCGGCCGCGUCGCACAGACCUCACGGUGCUGGUGGCCCAUAACGACGACCCCACCGACCAGAUGUUCGUCUUCUUCCCAGAGGAGCCCAAGGUAGGCAUCAAGACCAUCAAGGUGUACUGCCAGCGCAUGCAGGAGGAGAACAUCACCAGGGCGCUGAUCGUGGUGCAGCAGGGCAUGACGCCCUCUGCCAAGCAGUCCCUUGUCGACAUGGCCCCCAAGUACAUCCUGGAGCAGUUUCUGCAGCAGGAGCUACUCAUCAACAUCACAGAGCACGAGCUGGUCCCAGAGCACGUCGUCAUGACCAAGGAGGAGGUGACGGAGCUUCUGGCCCGGUAUAAACUACGAGAAAACCAGCUGCCCAGGAUCCAGGCAGGAGACCCUGUGGCACGUUACUUUGGCAUAAAGCGAGGGCAGGUGGUGAAGAUCAUCCGGCCCAGCGAGACAGCAGGCAGGUACAUCACCUACCGGCUGGUGCAGUAGCCUCCUGACAACAGAUGGAUAGACGGUUGCUGGGGGUGGGGACAGGGGAGGAGUGCAGCCCCACAGCAUGUGACAGAUAUAUCCCAGGGGGUCACAGGAUGGGCUGUGAGUACCCACCUUGGCCUUGAGGCUGCGCUGGGGCACCCGCUCCUCCCAGGACCUUCCCUCUGCUCCCCUGGGCCUGCUCUGGCUCAUGUUUGCCUGUCCUGGGCUGAGGGGCCUCAUGGCCUCUCCUGGACACUGAGCCCCACCCCGGAUCCCGCCUUUGGGCAGCAGGGAGUGAGACUGAAAUUGAUCUGGACUGUGGUUGCUGUUGGGUGCUGGAAAUUUUUUAAAAAUUAAAGAUGUUUUGAAUAAGUGA